GUGUGGUUGGGGUUCAGACAUUUUUUUAGCAUCUAAAAAACAUUGGUUUCGUUCGAUCGUUCCCGGCAGAAACUAUCAGUCGUUACUGGCUCGCAACAGUGAACGGUCAUAUUGAAAUACGCAAAGCAAACGUUAAUUACAUUUCCCAUUGUGCAUUGUAUGUUGUUGCGAAUAUUGCAAGUGUUUCUCUCAACACAGUGGCGUUAAUAUGGAGCUUCGCCUAAAAUUCUCGUUGUUUGUCCUAGCAACUGCUUUUGCGACGAUCUUUUUCCACUCGAUGGUGGAUGGUGUAAAGUUGAAGGAAAAAUUUAAAUGGCGUGAAGUAGAAUUCGAGUGGCCAUCGGAACAGGCAAAGCAGAAUGAUCUGGAUUCGGGAAAAUAUAUUGUUCAUAAUAAUCUACCACUUGGAUUGGAACGCUGGAGAGAUAAGCUAUUUGUCACUGUACCAAGAUGGAAGUCAGGGGUAGCUGCAUCUUUGACCUACGUGAACGUUUCUGAUGAACAAAGUCCUAAGUUGCGCCCAUAUCCCAGUUGGGAAGAAAACGAACUACCUACAGCCCAUGCACAUAGUGAAUCGAACGAUGAAUCGAAGUUUCUAAAAAAUAAUGCUUCUAUCAUUUCGACAUUCCGAGUGCGAGCCGACGAGUGCGAUCGUUUGUGGGUGAUGGAUACUGGCUUGGCAAAUAUUCUCGGCGAUGCCGUGCAGUACGCCCCACCAUCACUGGUGUUAUUCGAUUUGUACACCGAUAAACUCAUUCGGAGACACUAUUUCAACAGCUCUCUGCUGAAAGAAGAUUCAUUUUUUGCAAAUGUGAUCGUAGAUACCGAGAGAGGAGAUUGCGAUAAUGCAUUUGCAUACAUCCCAGACUUGGGAAGCUACGCCGUGAUCGUGUACUCUUUUGACGAGGAUCGUUCGUGGCGUGUGAAACAUAACUUCUUCCACUUUGACCCAUUGGCUGGAGACUAUAACAUCGGUGGAGUUAAUUUCCAGUGGACGGAUGGUGUAUUCGGUAUGGCGGUGGGUAAACGACUACAGGACGGAUCACGACCGGUUUAUUUUCAUGCGUUUUCAAGUACCAAGGAGUUUAUGGUAUCGAAUACCAUAUUAAAAAAUGCCUCAUACUCCCAGAGUCCGCAAGCGUACUACGACUACAAACUUCUUGGAGAUCGUGGCCCCAACUCACAGUCCUCAGCUGAGUUCUAUGAUUCUACAACUGGUGUUAUUUUCUAUACUCAAGUGAAUAAGGAUGGUGUAGGAUGCUGGAAUACCGCCAUGCCACUGAAUGCCGACACUCAGGGUUUGGUGGAUUCAGAUAGUGAUGCACUGGUUUUUCCGAAUGACUUAAAAGUCGAUAGUGAAGGCAAUUUGUGGGUACUCUCAGAUCGUUUACCCAUGUUCAUAUUUACUGAGCUGGACGCAGAACAGUACAAUUAUCGAAUUUUAAUCGGAGACACCAGAGAGAUGAUUAAAGGAACGCCGUGUGACAAAUAAAUAUAUCCGAAAACGAC